AUGGCGGAGAGCGAUGAGGAGGAGCUGCCCCCCUUGGCCUCCAUGCUGCUGCCCCAGCCCAGCGUGACAGGCCGCUGGAGGCCCCUGGGGAGGGCUGGUGGGGUUGUGGUGGUGAGCAGUGGGAGCGAGGAGGAGGAUGACGAUGGGGACAAGGUGGAGGAAGAUGAGGUGGAGGAGGUGAAGGAGAUGGAGGAGGAGGAUGAGGUGGAGGAGUUGAAGGAGCUGGAGGAGGAAGAGGAUGGGGAUGAUGUGGAUGAGGUGAAGGAGCUGGAGGAGGAUGGGGACGAGGUGGAGGAGUUGAAGGUGAAUGGGGGUGAGGAUGAGGAGGAAGAGGAGGUGAUAGAGGUCAUCCCUCUGGCUGAGAGGAUCGAGAGGAGGGUGGAAGGAAGGAGGGAGACCGCUUUUGAGUCUCCCCAGGCAGGCGAUGGGGUUGCAUCAGGAGGAGACAGCCUUUGUGCUGGUGCUGACCCAUUGGGUCACGGCAGUUCAAGGCGCCACAAAGCCCUGGUGACACCUGGAGAUGUGUCUUGUGGCAGACGAGGUGGCACGCGCGGUGCUGACGGGCCCUCCUUGUGCCCGCUGCCAGCCUCCCGGUCUGGCUCCUCCAUCCUGCCCGGUCGGCCCCUGGCAAGCUCAGAGACAUCCCCUGCUCCCAAGAAGCCAAAAUACAGCCCAAAGGACAGGGAGGCGAUCGCCCAGGCUGUGUGGCAGAGGAGGAAAGAGCGAGAGGAGCGGAGGAGGCAACGGGAGGAGGAAAAAGAGAGGAAGAGGGCUCUGGCCAUGAGGCUGAAAGCCCUGCGGCCAGGGGAGUGCCAGAAAUACAUAACAGUGGUGCUGGAUUCAGUUCUCUUACAGGUGGAGGGUGGUGGACACGUCCUUAGUGCUUUGCAGGCUGCGAACUAUUCCUGCGUGGUGGAGGACCAGGCUGUUCCCUGCAGCAUCACCUGGAGGAGAAAAAGCGUGUCAGCUCAGGCAGAAGGAGAGGAAUGGACAGAGGAACCAAAUGUCCUUGUUCUGCUUCGCCUGGAGGAGUUUUUGUCCAUGAUUCGCAAGUACAAACAAGAGACUCUGGGCUAUACGGACGGACAGGGGGAGACCCUGCAGAGCUACGUAGCUCAUACCAUGGAGAAAAUGCCUGGGAAAAUUCUGGCGCUGGCAGUAGCGGGAGUAGAAAAUUAUUUCAGGUCUCAGUCAAAAAAGACAUUGCGACAGGCAGCAGCGAGUGGAAAGCAAGGAGAGGAACACGGAAAGCGUGGGAAAAGGAAAUCCAAGGAUUCUGGCCUGGAGAUCACCAAAAUGGACAUGGAGGAAGCCCUGGUGGAUCUGCAGCUGGACAGACAAAUGCAAGUCUCCUCUUUUGACACCUGGCAGGAGCUGGGAGAGUUUGCCAGGAUGUUCAGCAAAGCUGUAGCCGAAGCCCCGUACAAACGAGAGCAGGAGAACACGGGGUUCUCUUUCUACCUGGAGAAGUCGUGGUGCGGAGGAGUGAAGGUGGAUCGUUCUGGAAAGGGGCUUUUGCAAGUCUGGAAGAGGCAGAUACAGCAGUUUAACCGGGUCAGCCCGGCGAUGGCUGAGGCCAUCGUGUCUGCGUACCCUUCUCCGCUGCUGCUGCUGCAGGCCUACGACAAAUGCUCCUCGGAGAAGGAGCGGGUGAACAUGCUGGCCAACAUCCUUGUGCACCGCGGGGACGGUGUGACAGCCACUGCCCGGCGGAUUGGACCCGAACUCUCCCGACGCAUCUAUCUGCAGAUGACAUCCCACGAUCCCAAUCUCUGCUUGGAUGGCCCUGGAUAGCCCAGGGAGUGAGGAUUUUGCUGAUUGCCUGGUUUAAGGAUUCAGCUUCUCUGUGAGGAAGUGCUUGGAUAACAAACGGAGUCGUCUAUCCUGGUUUAAUGUAUGGACUUCAUCAUAGAAGGAAGCUGGAUAAAAUCACUGAAUGGCUGGAAUUUAGUACAGAAAGAUCUUCCCUAAGAGCAUGAGUUAACAGGGCUGAUGGUACUAUUUAUUUGUCUUCCUAGAAAAUAAAUAAUUUUAAAUAGUGAUCUUUGCUCGUUACCACACCAUCUCGGAUGCAGACGGGUUCCAUCUGCUGAAAGGAACACCCGCUGCUGCUGUCCUGAACUGCAAGUCCUCUUCCAUCUCCAGGGUGGAAAAUCCCGCUGCUGCCCCCAGCAUCGCUCCAGUGAGGUGGGAGAACUUUACCUCACAGAAGAGACUGAAUUUCCCGUUGUGGCAGAUGGGAAUGAGUAAGACUAAUUUUUCAGACGCAAAUUAAGCCUGCCCUGACUCAGCCUCCAGACGGUUUAAUCUACAGAGGGGCUUCAAAUCUGAUUACGUGCACUGGAAUUAUGAGGUCUGAGCAGUUGGCAGAAAAAGCUUUCUUUUAAUGAGAUUGGGGAGCGUGCUCACCUGGCUAACGAAACCGUUAGCGCUUGUGCACACAAGGACAGUUGAGGUCUUUUGCAACUGCAGCACUUACCGAGAUGAGUGCUGAGAGCCAACUGGAUGGCAUCCAGCGUGGGAAGUUACUGUGCUGCCCGGAAUGAAGGACCCCCAGCCCUGACAUCGCUUCAGGCCUUCAGCCGGAGCCCAUGGACCGGCACCGCGCUCCUGACCCGAACUGCUAAACUGGCAUUCGCCAACCUAAGCUCACUCUCCUAGAUGGCAAAGCGGAUGGAAUGACUGCGGGGAGGAAAUGUCACUUUGAAUGUUCCUUGCCGUGUCUCCAGACAUUUCUGGACAGUAAGCAUUUCCUGUCAGGGCUGUGAUGAGCUAGAUGGCAAAAGCAAAGCCUAAAGCUGUGUGAAGGAGGCUUAGGAAACACCCACCCUGCGAAGCCAGAGACAGGCUGCCGUUCCUUCCUUUCCCAAUGUUCAUAAUUGCUUUUUUCUCUGUGGUACUCGGGAACCACAGCCUUGUCUUUAGGUGACAAAAAGGUGGAGGCUUCCUGCUCUGAUGGUGGCCUGGGUGUGAAAUGCUGUGGGUUAUCUCCUCGUGGCACUACUCUCACCAGCAGUAAUGCCAGGGAUUCGAGGAAAGGGAGCAGUUCUGGGGAGUGAUGUAGGAUGGGGCCUGGAUAUUCCUGGAGUCCAGCACUUUAACAUGAUGUGAACACUUCGGUUUAGUACUCAUGAGGCCCUUAAGGAUGUGAUGAGCUCCUGUUUGUUUUUCUCUGUAAGAAAGCUGUGAACAAUUCGUAGGCCUUUGCACGGGUGAGGUUUUCCCCUCUCGGUGUGUGGCACCAAACCUCCCGGUGGCCCAAGGCGAGACCCUUCCCUGCCCGCCCAGCGGGCCGUGUUCCCAGUGCCACCCCGUGCCAGCAGCUCUCCUCAGACACCCCUCUUGUCACGGCCACAAAACCCCCGGACCGGCCAGAAGCCCCUCCUAAGCUGCAGCCACUCUGCUGGUUAAAAUAAAUGCACUCUGAAAUCACUUUGGGGCUGUUCCUAAAAGACCUCGUUAGAACUAGAGCUGCAUUAGCAACACAAACAUCCAGGUCAGACAAAUUGCUGCGAAAACUGUUGUAUUGAAAAUUCUCAGCUCCUUCCAAUAGCACAUCAGCUUCUUCGCUCCAACCUGUGGGUGCGCAGCCAUCCUCCGCGCCUGUCAUCGGUCCUGGAGCGUGCCUGACCCUUAUUCCCAUACAGCCCCAUCACCGGGUUUCGCACAAAGAGAACAGCGAGGAAUGGGUAGGAAUUAAAAACCUUCUGCCUCCAGACAGAGCUAUCGCUACCGAUAACGCAGGGGCUGCCUUUUUCUGUUCCUA